CCCUGUGUCCGCAUCAGUUGCUAGAUUGCGAGUGCAGCGGCUUCAUGUGGCGAAAUGGAUCUCCAGAGUGUCCUAGAGAAGUGCGGCAACUUUGGCCCCUACCAAAUCCUGCUGUUGGGUCUCUUCGGAUACACGAACAUAGUGUCCUCGCUGCACUACUUCUCACAGACCAUCAUAAGUUUCACACCAGAGCACAGUUGUUCUCCACCUGAGGAAGCCUCUCCAAAGAAUUUAACACUCCUGAGCUGCAAUAUAAUUGAGUACGAUGCGGACCUGACUUCACAUCGAGAUUACAAGUGCAGCUCCUGGGAUUUCGAAAGGGAAAGCAACUACGAGAGCAUAACCACAGAGCUCGAGUGGGUCUGCGACGAUUCCUACAAACUGGCGGUGGGUCAGUCCUUCUUCUUCAUUGGUUCCGCCCUGGGCAGUAUUUUCUUUGGGUAUUUGGCCGAUCGCAUAGGACGACUGCCUGCCUGCGUUCUGACCACUCUGACGGGAGCAUCCGGGGAUUUCUUCACCUCCUUUGUGAGCAGUCUGCCUUGGUUCUCGUUCACGCGCUUCGUCUCCGGCCUCUCCAUGGACACCCAGUAUUACCUGAUGUAUAUUUUGGUUUUCGAGUACUUGAGUCCGCAGCACCGCACCUUCGGACUGAACAUCAUCCUGGGCGUCUUCUACUGCAUCGGUCUGAUAAUCUCGCCCUGGAUGGCCAUUUGGCUGGGCAACUGGCGCAGUUACCUCUGGGCGGCAUCCCUUCCAGCCCUGGGAAUGCUAAUCUAUCCUUUUUGCCUCCACGAAAGCGCCGAGUGGCUGCUGACCAAGGGAAAGUUCGACAAGGCAGUCAGCAAUCUACGGAGCAUCGCCAAGUUCAAUGGACGGCGGGUGGAGGACUCUGUUUUCGUCGAAUUUGUCAAACACUAUCGCGAGAAGUUGCAGAGUUCGCAAAAGACUUCCUCCGACAACUUUGUGGGCAUGCUGAGGACACCAAGACUGAGGAAGUUUACCAUUAUUCUGUUGAUUAAAUCAAUGAUCAUUACCAUCGCUUUUGACACCCUGAGUCGCAAUAUGGAGGGCGUGGGCUUAUCCCCCUUUAAGCUCUUCUCCUACUCGGGAUUCUGCUACCUGCCUGCUGGCUUGGUCAUUAUCAUGUUCCAGAACAAAAUCGGGCGAAAGGGCAUGGCCUGCGCCUCGCUCUUCGUGGGUGCCUUGAUCACAGCGACCACUGGUUACCUGGUGGCCACUCUGUAUCCAGAGAAGCACUCCGUACUCCUCGGCUUCAUGGUGAGCCUGGGCAGAUUCGGAGCGGUGGUGGCCUACGAUGCGGAGGCCCAGUACGCAGCGGAGAUUAUUCCGACCAGUGUGCGGGGACAGGGGGUGGCCAACAUCCAUGUGGUGGGCAAUGCCUUUGCCUUCUUCAGUCCAUACGUCAUCUACUUGGGGACUUUCUACAAGCCGCUGCCAUCUCUAUUGAUCAGCUUCAUUAUGCUAUUCGGUGCUUGUUUGUGCCUGACUCUUCCAGAAACUUUGAACAAACAACUCCCGCAGACUCUGGAGGAAGGCGAAGUAUUUGCCAAGGGCGAGAAAUGGUAUUACUUUCCCUGCUUUUCGCGCAGACUGCAGUCGAAUAAAUCUGAUUCUCAAUUGGAGUCGGCCAACGGUAUUACAAAGUAGUUACGAUAAAUGUAUUACAAAUAUAAUAAAAGUGUUUAGUUUUAAUACAAACAAAUACAAAUUAAAGCGAAACAUGUUUAAUGUUCUAUUAAGUUUUAA